AUGUUUGCAAAGCAGUGUUUAUUUAUAUGUAUAUUAAAUCACAGGCAUACAUUUUGUUUCUCAGGAGUUUGAUUUGCAUGAACUCAGCUCUAGGUAGAAUACCAGGGAACAUCCCGUCCGAUGUUAAAAAAAUCAGGAUAGAAAACUCUCACCUGGCGGAAUUGCCACAAGGUGCGUUUUCCUCCAACCCUGCCUUGGAAUACCUGUGGCUGAACUUUAAUAACAUUACAGUCAUGCAUACAAGAUGCAUGCAAGGGCUCGGCAGAUUAUCAGAGCUACGUCUACAAGGAAACAAACUGCGUUCAAUCCCAUGGACAACUUUCCAGGACUGCCCAGCUUUGACAAUAUUGGAUUUAAAACGUAAUCAAUUGGAUGCCCUUCCAGAGAGCGCACUGAGGUAUCUGACCAACUUGACCUAUCUGGACUUAUCGUUCAACAGGCUUACUGUGGUUUCUGGAAAUGUGUUCUUAAAUUGGACGGUCUAUCAGAGAACACAACAGAAUGAUGGUCCACGGGAUGCUGUUGCCAAUGCUCUCCUGGCACUCCAUGACAACCCCUGGUUCUGUGACUGUCGCCUUAAAGGUUUUGUACACUUCCUCAAAUCCAUCAGCCCCCCUAUUAUUCUGAUGAACUCUUACCUAACCUGUUCAGGACCAGAUUCCAGGGCAGGUGUCUUUUUCUACAAAGUGGAACUGAAGAGUUGCUUCAAGCCAUCAGUCACAUCUGAAAACAUGAACGUUAGUGUUCCGUUUGGAGAGAAAGUACAUUUAUCCUGCAGAGCUCAAGGGAAUCCUACUCCCACAGUGUGGUGGACAAAUGGUGUGAAGAUCAUUCGGAAAAUUAAUGUGAAACACACAAGUGUUGAUGAAGAAACUGUGAAUUCGGAGCUGGUCGUUCCUUCAGCACAGGGCACUGAUGGAGGAGUUUAUAUUUGCAGUGCUGCCAACUAUCUGGGAAACGUGUCUGUGCAGAUCCUGGUGAAAACCUUGACUUCAGUGACUUUACCCAUGCCCUCGUAUCUGCCCCCAUCAUCACCCGGGGAGGAGAGUGUUUAUAUAGAUGUCAGCAUUGCAAAGCAGAUGGUGUACGGGAUAGUGUUGAAGUGGCAUGCAGUAACGCUGGACCCUGCGGAGACCUGGUACACACUGCACUUUGGCAAGUUCGAUGAUCCCUACACGGAAAAGAUUUCCAUAGCACCGGGGGUGAAUACUUACUCCAUUAAUGAGCUGUUCCCAGCAACAAAGUACAAAGUGUGUGUGUCACUAAGGAACCAAUCCCCCACCAGAGGGCGGUGCAUCGUGUUUGUUACGGGCACCGAUAUCAGUGAAAUGGAGCAGAGGGAAAGGUUGAUCCACAUUAUCGUUAUAGCGUGCGCCAUGCUGUUGGCGGUGCCCGCUGGCAUGUACGCCUGCACCACCGACACCCGCUUCAGCUGCUGCUUCGACAAAUGCGCCAAGGCCUGUCGGCGACAGAGGCGAGGCGACAAGGCGCUGAGGAAGGCGGCUCAGAACGUCACCUUCGACAGCCUGCAGAUGGGGAGCGAUGCGGAACUCUGCAACAGGGCCUCCAAGGAAGACAAGAGGAGGCGCAAAAAGUCCGACGAUAAAACCCACAAGGCAAAAGCUGAACUCAAAACCAGCGAUGAAUUGUAUUAGACCAACUGAUUAUCAAUAUAGAUAAUGUAGGCACAAGGAACUGCAGAUGCUGGUCUACAGAAAAAAACCCUAAGUGCUGGAGUAACUCAACUCAGACCCAAAACGUCACCUGUCCAUAUUCUCCAGAGGUGCUCUUUGUGUCUUCUUGUGAUUGCUGAACAACAUUGACUUAAUGAAGUCUGAAGAAGGGUCUCAACCCGAAACGUCACCCAUUCCUUCUCUCUAGAGAUGUUGCCUGUCCCGCUGAGUUGUUCCUGCUUUUUGUGUCUAUCUUCUGACUAAAUAAUUAGUGAAUAUUUCAUGUUAGGAAACGAAAAGCCUAGUAUAUUCCACUACUGUUCACAAUAUGGAAGAGAUUUGAACUUUUAUUUUUGCCUUCUAUCACAGUGGGGAAUGUGGGGGAGUCACUGUGGUGGAUGUUUAUGUUAAAAUGUGUUCCGUUGAUUUUUAUUUGUAUGACUGACUUGGCAAAUGAAAUUGCUCGUAUGUUGCAAAACAUACUUGGCUAAUAAAGUAUUAUUGUAUUGUAUUGCAUUGUACAGUUAGUGGGUCUAUGCUAUGUCCAAUGAUGGGCAUUCAGGUGGGAAAUGAAAAUUAAAUUCCUGUUGCUCUCCUGUAUCUCACAUACAGGGAAUUAUAACAAAUGUGACUGAAAUGUACAGGUAGAAUUCAAUCUGCACCGUAAGAUCUUAUAUGUAUUUUGAUGUGAUGUUACAUGUU